AUGAGUGUUGUUCCAUAUGCAUAUGAAUGUUAUAAGUCUAGCGUACUUCAAUAUAAAGAAUAUACUCUCAGAAUUACUGAUAAUGCUUUAGUCAUACAUAAAGAAGGUGCUGAUGAAGACAUUACCAUCGGUCCUGGUAUAUUACCUAUCGAGCAACCAGAUGGUACAAUUGUUGAAACAGACUUAAAUCAAUACCUUCAAGCGUUACAGAAUCGUGUGACAAAAGUAGAGAAUAAUUACUUAGAUGCUCCAUUCUUCACAACUGAUAGAGAUUAUAUGUUUUCAUGUAUGGCGAGUAAUGGUUUGCAAGAAACUCGUGAGGUAAAUAUUAAUGAAGCAUUAGAGACUAUAAUAUAUCAUGUUAAACGGUUAUUAUCGAUUGA